AUGAGAUAGAAGAAUCGAAGCGGAAAAAGAAGAGAGCUUUCAUUGUGUGGUAGCCGCUGGUGCAGAGCAGCUUUGAGGCGGUGGCAGCGACGGAGAGAGGCGGAGAGAGGGAGAGAGAGAAAAUAAAUAAACGAACAAACCGCCGGCGAUGAAGGUUUUGAAAAAAACGGUUGACAGUUUCUAGGUUUCGAAUCCCAUUAGAUCCUCUCUCUUUCUCUCUCUCUCUCUCUCUCUCUUCCUCUCUUUCGUUGGAGAUUGAGUACAUUCUCCAUUGUUGCCUCUCCUCUUCUUUCCACGAUCCAUUGUUUCUUCGAUCUUCUCUCUGUCUCCGUUUCGUGUUUUUCCUAUGAAUUUGUCUCUCCUUUCUGUAAAUUUCUGACAUUUUCCAGAUCUUCCUGUCAACAUAUUGAAGAUUUUUUGUUUGUGUCAAAGGUUUCUCCUUUCAGUUUGGAUCCAAGAACAGCAGAAAAUCCUCACCUCUUAGCUCUGGUAGGUCAAAAUUUGAAAAAAUGCCUAUAAAAAGCUUUGUUCGGGAGAUUGGAAACAUAUCAAAGAAAAGUUCAGAGAGGAAGCAUAAGCUUCGGCGUGGGCGAGCGCAUAUCGCUCCUGAAGCUUCUUCUUCUUCUUCUUCUUCAUCUGGUUUUUCAACUGCAUUAAUUGAACAAGGGCAAUGGGCAAAUUUACCUCCGGAAUUACUUUUAGAUAUAAUACAAAGAGUGGAAGCAAGGGAAACAUGUUGGCCAGGAAGGAGAGAUGUGGUUGCUUGUGCUUCGGUUUGUCGGUCAUGGAGGGAAAUUACUAAAGAGCUUGUUAAGACACCUGAACAGUGUGGCUUCUUAACUUUCCCCAUCUCUUUAAAGCAGCCUGGACCAAGGGAUACUCCGAUUCAAUGCUAUAUUAGGAGGGAAAGAGCAACUUCAACAUAUCGAUUAUAUAUGGGUCUCAGUCCUGCUCUGUCAGGUGAUUUGAGUAAACUGUUACUGGCAGCCAAAAAAAUCAGAAGGGCUACCAGUACUGAUUUUGUGAUAUCCUUAGUUGGAGAUGAUUUCUCUAGAUCAAGCAAUGCUUAUAUUGGAAAGCUCAGGUCUAAUUUCCUGGGAACCAAGUUCAACAUAUUCGACAGUCAACCUCCAGAUGACUCUACAGUCCAAUCCAGUUGUCAAUCCCAUAAGAAAAUUCAUUCGAGUCAGGUGCCUCACAGGGUACCUUUGAGUAACUAUAACACAGCCAAUAUAUCUUAUGAGCUCAAUGUUCUUCGCACCAGAGGUCCAAGGAGAAUGCAGUGUACCAUGCACUCGAUCCCCAUCUCCGCAAUUGAAGAAGGAGGAACUGCUCCAACUCCAAUGGCAUUCACAAAUUGCCUUGAUCAACAUUCUUCUCCCUUGUUAGGUUCAAAAGGAAAAAGGCUACGAGUUGGAUGCAACUCAACUGGCUCUGGUAAGCCUCUAAAAUCAGUGCAAAGUGCACCCCUGGUUUUGAGAAAUAAAGCUCCUAGAUGGCAUGAACAGUUGCAGUGUUGGUGCCUUAAUUUUAAAGGACGAGUUACAGUGGCUUCUGUAAAGAAUUUCCAGUUGGUGGCUGCUGUGGAGCCAAGCCAAAAUGUUACCCUAGUGGAACAAGAAAAAGUGAUACUGCAAUUUGGGAAGAUUGGUAAGGACAUUUUCACCAUGGAUUAUCGAUACCCACUCUCUGCCUUCCAAGCCUUUGCAAUUUGCUUAAGCAGCUUCGACACAAAACCUGCUUGUGAAUAACAAUUCUCUUGUUACCUCUACGGGCAUGAUGAUGCUAGUGUUCACUACAAUUUGGUUGUACAUAUUCUCUUUGGAAACACAUCAGGCUUUGCCAUUUUCGUCAGUAACAGCCUUUGUUACUCCGCAUCCUUGUUCUAUGUAAUGAGGGUUACACACAUGUAUUCUAAGUUUUAGUAUCUAUUAAUUUUUAAAAAGCUAAGUUCCAGACUCUUCCCCUGAGCAUGUAGCUUCAUCACAUUCUGCGAAUUUUAUAUUUAACAUCGCGCAAUGUAUAAGAGAACUAUGUUGUUAUAGCAA